AUGAUCCAGCCCAACUCCGCGCUCGCGGUAACAGGUUGGCGAUUCGGCACGGACUUUGCCAUUCGCCUCUUCUACCAGGGACCCGAUGAUCUCAUACGCUACUCGGCGUACGACACGGUGUUUGCCAACUGGAGCGCUCCCCGUGUGCUCAGCGUCAAAGCUUCAAGCAACACCUCUCUCUCAACAUCCAUCAUUUGGUGGGAGCCAGAUGUCGUUGAUCUCAAUCCCUACCCCCAGAUGCAGCUCUUCUUCCGCGGCACCUCUGGCAAGAUCGAAGGGCAAAACUGGCGUGACGGCGGACCGGCAACUGGGUUCAGCGACAGUAUCGUCAAUGCAAGCUUUACCCCAGCUGCUGACUCGAGGCUCGCAACAUAUUGGCCCUCAACCCUCUACCAAGACGACGACGGGUCGGUGCAGGAGAUAUUCUUCAACCUCACCAAUGGUGGAUAUCAGACGGCAACCUCACUCUCUGUAUCGGGAACCGCGGCUGGCCCAUUGAUCGCUUUACCCCUCACGCCUUCGCACAACGGCAGGGAGCUUCGUGUUCUCUAUCGCCGCACGGAUGGCAAGAUGUACGAGUUCAAUCGCAACUCUGGCGGGACUACGGCAUCCAGCAGCGGCGCGAUGCCCUUCUCCGUGCCUGAUGAGGCUGGCGUCGGGGCGUUCGCCACCGCAAACAGCGAUGACACUCUCACGACGUAUCUGCUAUGGCAGGACACUUCAAACAACGGGACCGUGCAGAUCGUGUGGCAGGAUGGCAGCUCAGAUGGGUGGAAGGGCCCGGUGACGGAUUCUGUAUUCGAUGGCGCCGACAAUCCGACACAAUUGGCCUGUGUGACGGCGGGUAGCUCAGGCGGAGCCGCAGUUGUGCCGCUGCAGGCGAAGGAUGACAUGAACAGGUGUUACUUUCAGGUAGGAGGGGCGUUGAAGGAGGUGUGGUACAACGGCAGUAAAUGGGUUGAUAUGGGUUUUGUAAAGAUGCCGUGA